GUGUGGGCGGUGGCCUUCUCGCCGGACGGGUCUCUGCUGGCGACGGCGUCGCGCGACGAGCCGGAGGCGGUGAAGCUCUGGGUGGCGGACGGCUGGGAGCUGCUGCAGGCGCUCAAGGGCCACCAGGGCGCGGUGUUCGACUGCGCCUUCUCGCCCAGCAGCGGGCAGCUGGUUACCUGCGGGGCGGACAGAAGCCUCCGCGUGUGGCGGCGCAGCAGGGCAGGCGCCGCCCGGGAGCGCCGGGAGCCGGAGCGCGGCGCCCUGCCGGCGGCGGUGCCCCCCGCGGCACCCGCGGCUCAGUGGGCCGAGCCGUGGCGCUGCGAGAACAUCCUCUUGGGGCACACCGACACGGUGCUCAGCUGCAGCUUCGCCCCGUCCAGCUUCCCUG